CUCAAGGUCUAGUCAAGGAUUCUCCGGAUUGUGAAUGAAAGUGAAACAAGUUAGAAAUCAUCAAUCGUUAGUCUGGCUAGUGGCUAGGGGGAAUCAUACCUAAGUGAGUUCCCAACCUGUAAUUAGAUUAACUUUAACUGUAGUUUGCUAGAGUUUUAGUUCUUUCAUCUUGAUCUGGUUUGCUAAAUAAUAAACUGAAGCUGAGUAAUAGUAACUCUAGAGACCCGUGGAUUCGAUAUUUAUCACUUGAGCCACUAUACUGCAGUCCCUUCCAUUGGUUACGCUUGGCCAUUGUUAAGUGUUGUGUCAUAGCGUGUCAAGUUUUUGGCGCCGUUGCCGGGGACUUUCUAGAGUAUUAGGAAAGGCAGAAGUUUGUUACUUUAGCGUUUUUAUUUUCUUUUCUUUUCCCCCCUUGCUUUUCACUUGGGUGUUUUUGUUUUUGUUGGUGCAGAUCUGAAUCAUGGAUCCUCAUGGCUUCUCCAACAAUUGGGGGUAUCCACCACCAUCCGGGUGGUAUUACCCCGAGACUCCCUGGAGCAAUCAAGGAGGAGAAGACUAUGGAUUCGGGUUCCAGUACCAACCCCCUUACUACGGAGAAAAACCGGACCCCUGGGCAUAUCAAGAACAACCUCAUUACCAAGAAGAAUUUCUCCCACAACCAGAACGGCCAUCGGCGCUGGAGUUACCCAUGGUGGCCUUCACGGGCCAUUCUGCAGAGCCAUGCUACACUCCACAGCCAGAUCCACACUAUGAAUUGAGGCUUCUCAUGGAGAGAUCAUGCUUCAGGAUGGAUCAUUGUGUCCAGGCCUAUCAUGAAACAGAGGAGAUCCUCAUGAACCUUAAGAAGAGCGUCGAUGAUCUUGAGCGAGCUUGGGCACAACCUGCUCCAGAUCACCCUUCUGCUACUAUACAAGAAGAGGAGGAGGAAGAAGAAGGCUACAAGGACAUUGUGGAGCACACUGAAGUUGUCACGGAGAGCACCCGUGAUGAUCAUGAUCAGGAGUGUCAUGUCGUAGCCGACCACACCUUCCCACACCCCAAACUGAGCUUUGAAGAGGCGGGCAUGAGUGAGGAGAUGCAAGAAGAUCUCAUGAAAGAAAUUGCUUGGCAACUUGCUCUCCAAUCCGUGCUAGAAGAAGAAGAGCAAGAAAGGGUGCAGAAAGAAGUUGUGGAGGAUGACGAAAGUGAAGCUGGAGGAGUUCUUGAUCAUUUCCCAGGGGUGAUACAACAUGAAGAAGGAAGGGAGGUUGAAGAAGCAAUUGGCGUCCAGGUUGAGGACGAAGUUGAGGUGGAAAAGGCUUGCACCGGCCAUGAGUUACAUUUGAUAUCUCCACCAAACUUCGAGGAACUGCUUAGCAAGGACACAUUUGCAGUGUCUCUUUGCCAGACCAAAGCCACAUCGAAAUCGGUCCCUCUUGGUGGACGCGAUGGUGGCCAAUCAAUGCUGUCAUAUCUGGUUUGGGGCAAUGAGACGAGAGAAGAGAAGAAGAGGUCUCGAGGGUGGAGACUUCAUCUGCGUCAAGUACAUGAGCCUUCAUCACCUGUCACACCACAUGCUCGUGACUUGAGACUCCACCUCAUCGACGAGAACCUCAACUUCAAGGAGGUUCUAGCAUGGACCGAAACUUAGGAGCCAUCGUCUGGCUCACGACGUGAAAGAAGCGCUUGUUGGGAGGCAACCCAACCAGUCGGUUUGCAUUUCUUUCUCUAUUUCUCCUCGGUUGAGUCAGUUUUGUUAUUUGAUUUUAGAGUCAAUAACUCAACCUUUGUGAGAUUUUGUGUGGUGUUUGUGUUCUGAUUACUCUCUCUUUCUGGAAUGCACCGCCUGACCGGUUCAUCAUCAUUCACCCUUGAUCUGGUAACUUCGUUCUACCCUCCUUAUCUUUCCUCCAUUGAGGACAAUGUCGUGCUUAAGUGUGGGGGGAUGUUCGAUUAUUUAUGCGGGUGAAUGUUUGGCUGUUUGUGUGCUUGGGGCCUAGUCCACUGUCCAAAUUUUUAAAUUUGAGGGCUCCAAGUACGUGUUCCUUGCAAUUGCCUGCUCAGUAUGCUUUGAAUUGACAGUCUUUAUAGUAUCAUGCAACCUAGGGAGGUAGUGUAGCACUAUGGAGGAUGUUGAUGCAUUUAAGAAAUCUCAUUUAUUCUU